UCUCUCUCUCUCUCUCUCUCUCUCUCUCACACACACACACACACACACACACACACACACAGGCUCCUGCUGCCUAGCUGGGCUGGGCUCUCCCACCCCUGGCUCCUCUCUCAAUAGCUGCCCCAUCCUUGGGGAGAAGAGACCUUUUGUUAUUCAAAUCACACACUUCGGGCUCUGCUGCGGCUGCUGCUGCUGCGAGGCUGCUGCUACUGCUGCUGGCUGGGUGCAGCAGCCCACUGCAGCCAUUGGGAUCUGGCGAUUUCUUCUUCUCUCUCCCCUCCCAGGGUGGCUCUCGGCCUCUCGCUCCAGCUGAUUGCUGGAUUUCCUCUCCCGGCUGGGGGGCGGGGGGGGCUUGUUUUCCGGAGCUGCCGCGGGCCCCCUCCUCCCCACUACAUCCUUCUGUUCCCCAUCCUGCCGCCCCCCCUCUCCGUGUGCCGCAGCUCACCGCUUUUUAAUCUCUCCCCUCCUCUCCCUCCACCCCCAUCGCCCUCCCCUGCUUCCUUUCUGCCAGUCCAGCCUGGGUCCUCCUGCUCUGCCCAGCUCCCGGGGAGCCCCGCGCUCCACAGCAGGCUCUCCCGGCCCCUCCGCCCGCUAACAUGGCACUGCCAGCACCCAGUUAAGCAGGAGUAACAGCCUUGGGGGGAGCAGGAAUCUGGUCCGCCUGGCGGCUCGAGCCCCGGUCAUGGAUGUGAGCAAGAUGACGGUCAGCAUCAAUAAAGCCAUUAAUACCCAGGAAGUGGCCGUGAAGGAAAAACACGCCAGGACAUGCAUCCUGGGAACGCACCACGAGAAAGGGGCACAGACCUUCUGGUCCGUCGUGAACCGUCUGCCUCUCUCCAGCAACGCUGUGCUCUGCUGGAAGUUUUGCCACGUGUUCCACAAACUCCUCCGGGAUGGGCACCCCAACGUCCUGAAAGACUCCCUGAGGUACAAAAAUGAACUCAGCGACAUGAGCAGGAUGUGGGGUCACCUGAGCGAGGGCUAUGGACAGCUCUGCAGCAUCUACCUCAGAUUACUGAGAACCAAGAUGGAGUACCACACCAAGAACCCCCGAUUUCCAGGCAACCUCCAGAUGAGUGACCGACAGCUGGACGAGGCAGGAGAAAGCGAUGUCAACAACUUUUUCCAGCUGACAGUAGAGAUGUUUGACUAUUUGGAGUGUGAGCUGAACCUCUUCCAAACUGUGUUCAGUUCCUUGGAUAUGUCCCGCUCUGUGUCGGUGACAACAGCAGGUCAAUGCCGCCUGGCCCCGCUGAUCCAGGUCAUUCUGGACUGCAGCCACCUGUAUGAUUACACCGUCAAGCUACUCUUCAAACUCCACUCCUGUCUCCCUGCUGACACCCUCCAGGGCCACCGGGACCGCUUCCUGGAGCAGUUCAAGAAGUUGAAAGAUCUCUUCUACCGCUCCAGCAACCUGCAGUACUUCAAGCGACUCAUCCAGAUCCCCCAGCUUCCCGAGAACCCACCCAACUUCUUGCGGGCCUCCGCCUUGUCGGAACACAUCAGCCCUGUGGUGGUCAUCCCAGUAGAGGCUUCCUCCCCAGACAGCGAGCCCAUCCUAGAGAAGGAUGACCUCAUGGAAAUGGACGCCGCUUCUCAGCAGAAUUUCUUCGACAACAACAAGUUUGAUGAUAUCUUUGGCAGCUCAUUUAGCAGCGGCCCUUUCAACUUCAACAAUCAGAAUGGCAUGAGGAGCAGGGAAAAGAAGGAUACCUUGAUUGAUCAUCUGUAUCGGGAGAUCAAUGGACUGAAGAAAGAGCUGGAGAAUGUCAAGGCUGAGAAACACCUGGCCAUCAUGCAGCUGAAGGGCCGGAUCAGUGAGCUGGAGGCAGAGCUAGCAGAACAGCAGCACCUACGCCAACAGGCUGUCGACGAAGGCGAAUUUCUCCGGGCUGAGCUGGAUGAGCUCAAUAAGAAACGAGAAGACACCGAGAAAGCCCAGCGGAGCCUCACGGAGAUCGAAAAGAAAGCUCAGACCAAUGAACAACGUUACAGCAAGCUGAAGGAGAAGUACUCAGAGCUGGUCCAGAACCACGCGGACCUGCUGCGUAAGAAUGCAGAAGUGACCAAGCAGGUCACUGUGAUGAGGCAAGCCCAAGCUGACUUGCAGCGAGAAAAGAAAGAACUAGAGGAAUCUUUCCAUCGGGCUAGUGAGCAGGCCCAGCAAAAGACUCAAGAACAGAUGGAGGUUGUAGAGAACUUAAAGCAAGAACUUUCCAUCAGCAAACAUGAGUUCCAAGUCCUCCAAGGCACUCUGGAGACUUCUGCCCAGUCAGAGGCAAAGCGGAACAUACAGCUUGAGGAACUAGAGAAGGAGCGAAGCAGCCUGGCAAAGAUCGCAUCCGAGAGGUAUGAAGAAAUCUCGACCCUGCGGGACCGCCUGGAACAAUCACAGUCUGAAUUAACCAAUGCACAGGAGUCAAUACGCCAAGCCGCAAAGGACCAACGGAAGUCAUUCCUCCUGGAAACAGGGCAAGAGGCUGAGAAGAUGGUGAAAGACACACUGAACCAGCUCGAGGACCCCGUCCUCAUCAGCUGUGCUGGCUCUGCAGAUCACCUCCUUUUCAAGACCAAUUCUGUUCUGAAAUGCAUCGAGCAAGUGGAGGAGGCCCAGAAACAGUACCUGAACAGCUCAGAGGAUGUCAGUGGCUUGGUGCGGUCCAUGGCCCUCUUGGCUCACUUGGUUAGCGACACCAUGCUCCAGGGCAGUGCCACCUGUCUUACAGCAUCCCUGGAGUCUGCAGAGAUGCUGACAGAUGUCUGUAAGGAGUGUGGAAGGGCAUCCCUGCUCUAUCUGUCUGCUCUAAAGGAAGAGGACAGCCUUGGGGAGGCAGAUAGCACAGCCCUGAGGAGCAGCCUCAGCACCAUCAAGGCCAUUGGCGAGGAGCUCCGGCCCAGAGGCCUGGACAUCCAGCAGGAGGAGCUGGGGGACUUGGUGGACAAGGAGAUGGCGGCCACAUCAGCUGCCAUUGAAACAGCCACGGCCAGGAUAGAGGAGAUGCUCAGCAAGUCCCGAGCCGGAGACACGGGGGUCAAGCUGGAGGUGAACGAAAGGAUCCUCGGCUCCUGUACCAGCCUCAUGCAAGCUAUUCAGGUCCUUAUUCUCGCCUCUAAGGAGCUUCAGAGGGAGAUUGUGGAGAGUGGCCGGGGUGCGGCCUCCCCCAAAGAGUUCUAUGCCAAGAAUUCACGAUGGACAGAAGGACUGAUCUCUGCCUCCAAAGCUGUUGGCUGGGGCGCCACAGUUCUGGUGGAUGCAGCUGAUAUGGUGUUUCAAGGGAAAGGAAAGUUUGAGGAGCUGAUGGUAUGUUCCCGGGAAAUUGCAGCCAGCACAGCCCAGUUGGUGGCUGCUUCCAAGGUCAAAGCAGACAAAGACAGCUCCAACCUGGCUCGGCUGCAACAGGCCUCUCGAGGGGUGAACCAGGCAACGGCAGCCGUGGUGGCGUCCACUAUGGCAGGGAAGUCACAGAUCGAGGACACAGAAAGCAUGGACUUCUCCAGUAUGACGCUGACCCAGAUCAAACGUCAAGAGAUGGACUCCAAGGUAAGAGUGUUGGAACUGGAAAAUCAGCUGGAGAAGGAGCGGCAGAAGCUGGGCUACCUGCGCAAGAAGCAUUAUGAGCUUGCUGGUGUUGCGGAGGGUUGGGAAGACGAGCCUGAAGCAUCUCCAUCUGCCGUGCCAGAAGCCGUGUCAGAGAAGGACUAGAGCCCAGCCAUCACCCCAGACAUCAGACUGUAAAUCCUUAUACUCGUCUGUGUGCUUGUCAUGCCGCCGCUCCACUGCCCACCUGCCCAUGCCACAGACUGACCACUUCCCCAGGGGUAGCUGGGUGGGGCCUUCCAAAGAGCCCCCAGCCCAUGGGCCCUUCCUUCGAUGUGAAGCACACCAAGUCUACCCUCAUUUCCAACCAACUGCUGAGCUGCUGGCGGGCCAUUGCUGUCCAUCCUGCCCCCCUGGGAGUAGAGAGCUGCUGGAAGGGAGCUGGCAGUGGACACAUCUCUGCCACAUGACCCUCCUCAUCUCCGUGCUUACUUGUAGAGCUCCUUUGUUGGACCUGGGUCAGAGGGCUGUGGCUGCAGAGAGGGGCUGACCAAGAGGCUUCAUCAGUAUCCUUUCCAUUUCUUCUCAGUCAUUUCCGUUUCAUCAUUUGCAUAAACUGGGGAGCAUCUGAGGUGGAUUCCAAGCCAACACACACUCCUGGAUCUGUCCACCAAGAAAAGAAGGGCCAGAGGGCCCUGGCGGAGAAGGCCAGGGCCGUGCAUCGCCCCCUUCCUUCGGUAGCCUUGUGGAUUCCCCACUGCUGCUUAUGGUGGUUGGUUUUUCGUUCGGGGUUUGGAAGGUCAAUUCAUAUAGCCAACUUUCCUCAAGGGAACCCCUCUGGAGCUCUUCCAUCGCAAAUGGGCCCCAAUACCACAGUGGCUAAACAGUUACUGGUGCUGCUCAGGCUUUGACCUUGGUGCUCCACACCUGCCAUAUCACGGGCCUCUCCGUUGGGUAUCCUGCUGGAGUACGGAACAGUCAUGUCCACUCCCUGGGAAGGAGGCCAGUUGUUGAGUGGUGACCACUUCCUCCAAAGGGGAAAGCAUGUAGAGUGCCUUGUGUUACUGUAGCUCAACCCCAGCUGACCCCCAGGAUUCAACUUUACAAGUGUGGGGACCACAGGAAGAAGAGGGAAGGAGGGGUCCAGCCCAGGUCCUCAAGGAGCCAUCCUCCAUGACAACAACUCAUGAUCAGGUUCCAGAAACUCCAUGUUGCCCUCCUUGGAUGGAGAUGACCCUUCCCUGGCCACCUCCAUGCUGGCCUCUACCCUCCAUACCUGACCAAGGCACCAAGAAAGAGGAAGGAAAUCUCAGCUGCUUUCUCCAAAAGAUCAGCUUUGUCAUCGUCCCAAACUAAAGGUGGAUAAUGACCUUUUCCAACUAAUUAAGAAGCCCAGAAGCCCUGGACAGAGAGGACCAAGCAAGCCAUCCCCCAAAAAGGGGAGAAACUCACGUCUGGUGUCCACGGUUUCCAUUCAAUCUUACAGCACCCUGUGCUGUUUACAACUGACCACCCACAAAUAGCAAACAACCUAGGAAGAAAUGCUUGGAGCAAUCAUUGUUGGAAGUGACUGAAUCUGGCUGCUGUUCCUUGCCCAGCAUCCAACAAUCUUCAUGAAUGGGAAAGAAAGAAGCAAGAGGAUACCAUAAUUGGACCCCUACCCAAAGAGGCUUCUUAGAACAUCUGGUUAGCUGUCCAAAAAAGGAGAGGAAAGGAGGUGGAAUACUGGUUCCCUUGUUCCUUCAACAGUGCUUUCUCUCUUCUUAUGGUGGGUAGAGGUGGCAAAUAUUAGCGGCCCCAGAAAGAUAGUUAGCCAAUGGCAAAUGCUUCCACCCAAGUAGGCUCCACUACCCAAAAUGCAAAGGGCUCUUGGAUCCUGGGAGUAGCAACCAACAAGCUUCUGCUAAGACUCAGCCCAGAAGAACAUACUAAGCCACAUCAUGAUAGUGCUUGGAAAUCCUGUUCAAUCACUGUGAAUCAAUGGAAGGAGGGAAAGCCAUAGGGACCACUCUUGUGGAGGUUCCCCUGUGCAUUUUAAAAGUGGGGACGCUGUAGAAAUUAGGAACUCAAUCACUAUCCCCAAAAGUAAGGUGUCAGCUAUGAAAAUGAAACAGUCCAACAAUUAGUACUUUUGUGCUUGUCCAAAGACUCAAAGAGAUUCUUUGCUUUGACACUGGUCAAGUGUGUGGGGCAGGAUUUCACCGAGUUGUUUCUCCUCUUCCCAGUGUCCCUAGAAAAUAGCCAGUCCAAACUUUCCUUGCUUUUAGUGGAAGCCACAGAGGGAAUGGCUUUGGGCAGGGAUCACCUCAUCUACUGAACACCAUCCCUCUACCAGUUAACUAAGGUCAUUUUCAAAGCUCCUAGGAACUUUACUGAGUAGCAGUGGGGAUUACAUGAAGGGGCCAGCUUAUAGAGUUAGGUUCAUCUGGAUUUAUCCUGGGGAAGUAGCCACUAAAGUCAAACUAUUUUCUAAAAGCUCCAAGUCCAAGGAUGUCAGCCAGAGGAGAAGCAUCCUGCUUACGCUAGGGAUACGGUAAGAGCAGACAGUGCAACGCCUUUGAGGGGAAUAUCUAAAGUGAAUUUCAUCAAGUGGUAUUAAAUGGCUGAACCUGGCUAGUUGAACAAGGAUAUAUGGCCCAUGGGUAGGCAUAGAGGUGCUCUUGGCAUGGGAACUCAUUGGUGUGAUCAGGUUAGUGACCGAUAAAAGACGCAACUCAGCCCAGUAGCGAUUUGUAGAUUCCUUUAGCAUUUGCAGAGUGUGUGUGCUCACAAAACGGAGAUGGUAGAAGGAAGUGCUUUCGUGGCCAUUUGGGGUUGAUCAAUAACUCUUGCUGCAAUAACUUUUAAGCAAAGACACAUUUUCUAGAUUAGACUAGAUCCUGAUUAUUCUGCUCAGAUUUCCCAGGUCUCCAUCUGAAAUAUGUAGUUGGGUCUAUGACUUCAGAAGUGGCCACACGCUGACCUGAGCUUCUCUUUGGGGAAUUGUUUCUGCUACCAAACUGAGCACUUGGCUUCCAAGGGAUCACUAUCAUGUAGGUCAUGCCAGUUGCCUUUGGCCUUUACAACACCUAGCCCAGAGAAACCAUUACCUCCUGGCCAGCACCUAAACACACGGGAGCCCAGUGUCUCUACCACUGCCCUGGUCCGCCAUGCAUGCUUUGUUACCAUUACCUUUCCGAAUCAAUCAGAGGAGCCUUGCUGCUGAUUAACCCCCGCACUGGCCUUCCAGCGGAGGCGUCUCUGGCCCGGGUUCCAAGCCCCCUACAGCCUGCACUGCCUGUAGCAGAGAAAAUGAUAUAACACUAUGGGUCUGCCAGAUUCUUUGUCUCUCACACAGACUCAGCAAAUCUUUCCAGCUAUUUGCUGAGGACUUCCGUUAUUUCCCAGGUCCAAACCAACUAUAAUACCACCAACCCACUGAUGUGGUGUGCUGCCUUUCACCCAGGAGCCAAAGCAAUACAAAUCUAUUGGUUACUGCUGGGCCCAGUGCUGUGAGCAGUGUAUCCAUCUUCGUGUCCAGACCCAUUGUCUUUCAGGUGACCCUUAACUACCUCAGGUUUGAAGGCCCUAAAUUAAGCUGGUUACUACUCACAGGGACAAACCGAGGGAGUUCAGAUAGAUCUUGGUGAUAACUCAACUUUUGUCUCAAUCCUAUAACUUUUUCUUGUCUAUUUUGAUUUGGGGGAGGUGGGAUUUUUUUUCUCCUUUCUAUUUUUUAACCUUUAUCCAGAUGUCCUUUAGAAGUAUUCCUGUAAAUUAAGUUGACUUAUCACUCUGAGUGCCUACCUUCCCAGGGCAGGUGGCCACUGGCAUUUGGUUUCUUUCCAACAAGACUUUUGAUUAUUAUAGUAUUAAGAUAUUCCUUUGUAUAAUAUGUUGAAUGUGUGUUUUCAAUUUUUAAAAUAAAUAUUUCAACCCACCAGGAAA